GAGUCCCCGCGCCUUCCCUCCCUCUUCCAUUGCCUCCCGCCUCCUCUCCCCCUUGUCCGGUCUUCCUCCGCCCCCCCUCCCGCUGUCCGCUUGCUUGACCGCACCUUUCCCGGCAUACUCCCAAGGCGACGUGACUCCUCGCCCCUCCUCGCAUCACGACCGCUCUUCCUCCUGUCAGGACAAGCUCAGCAUCUGGCCGUGUGUGCGAGCGUGUGUCUGCGUGCACCUUGAGCAGCCUCUCCCCCGAGAGCCGCGCCACCCAUGCCCUCCCAGGAGGCUGUGACGGGGGGUCUAUUGGCCUGGAUUGGCUCGUACGACUCCCUCUCGAAGCAUGUGACCGCCAUUGAGGAUCUCUCCGAUGGAACUGUCCUCACGGAGAUCAUGGCUCUUGUGAGCCCACCUCAUUUCUCCACAUCCUCCCAGAAGUCCCCCGGUGGGAACUGGGUCCUGCAGGAGCGGGCCAUCUCGCGCCUUCAGCGGAGCCUCUCCCUUAUUCUCACCGGUCAGGAGUUGUCCGCUGCCACGCCAGGCGGCCUCGGCACCCUCACUCCGGCUUCCAUCGUUCGCCAGAAGGACACCGGAGCCAUUGUUGCUCUGACUCAGGCCGUUCUGGCGGCCGCGGUCCAGUGCGCCGACAAUGAGCCCCACAUCAACCGAAUCAUGGCCCUCCCGGUGACUCACCAGGAGUCCUUGAUGAAGAUCAUCGAGAGCCUCAUGGCCGAGUUUGCUGCGGCUAGUGGUGGCACACAUUCCGUCAGUCAGGCCACAUCAUCCGGCGCCCCGGGCGAGGAACUCGGCCUGACUCUGCCGGAAUCCGAUGCCGGGAUGCCAGCUCCCUCGAGUGCCGGCAGUGGGAGCUCAUCCCCGUCCCUGGCUCCCAGCGACUUGGACUCGGCCGAGUAUCAUGCCCUGCGAGCGCAGUUUAUCACCCUCCAGGGGCAGCACCAGCGCCUGCAGCGGGAGCAUGCCCAGCUGCAGGGCACCUUCGCCACGCUGGAGACAUCACACAAGUCCCUGCAGGGAGAGCACCAGACCCUGCGAAUCAAGUUCACUCAGGAGCUGAACUCCCAGCUGGAGGGGAUGCGCGAGGAAAAUGCCCUGCUUGUGCACGAGCACCAGCAAGCCACGCGUCGCUUCGAAAAGACCGAGCGCCAGCUGAACUCACAGCUGAGUGCCGCUUUUGGGCAGAUUGACAUGCUGCAUCAGGAGCAGCAGAAGCUCGAUGAGGACAAUGCUCGCUUGCAGAAGUCCCUGCGUGAGGCCACAAAGAAGAAUGACGAGCUCCGCAAGAUGGUCGAUUCCGCAUCCAACCUCCAGGACCAAGCCGAGGAGAUCCGCGAUCUGACCACGCGGCUGGAGGCGGCACAACGCCAGGCCGCCCAGGCCAAGUCCCGCGCUGAGGGGCUGCAAGAUCUCCGCAAGCAAAAUCGCGCCCUCCAAGCAGAGUGCGAGGAGUUGCGCGAGCGCCUUGGCCUUUCGGCUGGUGCCGACGCCAGCGCCGAUUCCGGCACCACUGGGCUGAACUCCUCCGGCUCGAUUGCGCGCUUCCGUGCUCGCGUCGAAACCCUGACCGAGCGCAAUCUUGAGCUUGGCGAGGCCCUGGCCCAAGCCGAGGCCUCCCUUAUGCAGGCCCGCGAUGAGGCGGACCAGGCUACGCGAACGGCGGAUGAGGCCCUGCGCCGCGUCCAGGAAAUGGAACUCCGCCUGUCGGCCCAGCCAUCUGGUGGCGAUGUCCACGACAUGCUGGAUGCCGGGUUUGACCUUGAUGCCCCUGGCGCCGGGUUCCCCGGGGACCACUUUUCGGGUGGUGGCAUCCAUGAGAUGGAUGCCAGCAAUGCCGACGCCGGCGGGCUCCGUGUCCGUGUUGUCCGGCUUGAGGCCGAAAACAAGACCCUGCGCGAUCGACUGCAGGAGGCCCAGAAGUCUCCAUCGCCGGAGAGUUCCCAGGCCGAGACCCAGGCCCAGGCGCUGGUCACGGCCUCGGACCAGGCCUUGGCCACCGCGCGGGCCGAUUUGGCCGCCGCCGAGGCGGAGCUCGCUCGCCUGCGCUCGGAACUGGCCGACCAUCAGGCACGCCAGGCCGCUGCCGAGGCGGCGGUCCAAGCAUCCGAGGCCCAGUGCGCCCAGCUGCGCGAUGACCUGGCCGCCGGCGAGGCGGCCCUCGCCUCUUUGCGCGAGGAGCUGGCCAAUAGCACGGCCGCACUUGCGUCUCUGCGCGAGGACCUGGCCGGCAGUACCGCUGCAUUGGCCUCCGCGCGCGAGCAGCUGGCUGCUCUUGGGCCAUUGCGCGAGGAUCUGGCCGCUGCCCAGAGGGAGCUUGGCCAGCGCGACGCCAUGGCCACUCAACUGGCCGCCGAUCUUGCCGCUGUUCGAGAGGAGCUGGCCGUUGAGCGGGCCACCAAGGCCGAGCAGGCCACCUCGGCCGCCUACCUGGCCGAGAUCCAACAGUCCCUCAGAACUCUGCAGACCAGCGCCUCCGAGGCGCCGACCGCACCAGCCGAACGCCCUGCCCUGCCGGAUCUCGGCGACGACAAGGUCCUCAUCCCCUUGAAGCAGAUCCAGGAGAUGACCCUGCUGAAGCAAUCUCACGACACUUUGUCCGAGCGCUUGCGCGCAAGUGAUGCUGAGCAGCGCCGCCUCCAGGAGGAUUUGUUGGCCCUUCGUGCGGCCCAGGCCGAGGCGCCGGCCGAAAUGCUGGCCAGCUACAAGGCCCUCCUUGAGCAGAGUGGCGCCGACUUGGAACAGGCCCAGCGCGAGUCGCGUGCCUGCCGCGAGCAGCUUGAGUCCCUGCGCAAGGCCGCGCGCCGAGAGCAGCGCAUGAUGGCCGUCGCUUGGUACGACCUAUCCUCGCAGCUGAUUCGCCGGGGGACUGCCGCUCCGGGAUCGCCGCCGCCCCCUGGCCGGAGGCCGGUCGCCGUUGGCGGGGGGCUCGGCGGUUCCUCCGGCCCUGGUGGCGGCAGCGGCUCGUCCAGCACCGGAGCCCCCUCAAUAGGCGCCGGGUCGUGGCUGUCGCAGCAGCGCCAGCUUGACCAGAACCGCUACCUCACCCGGUGAGUGGUUCACCGCCUGCCUUCUGCCUUCGCUCUCUCACGGAGUGGGCCCCGUCUUUUGGCCCUCCCGCUGGUGCUCUUCUUCUUCUUCUUUUCCCCCCCCCCCCCUUGCAACUUGUGCGCGGCUGUGUCCUGCCCCUGGCAAGCGAUCCGGCAGAAAUACUCCCCCUCCCUCCUUUCUC